ACCACCCAUAGAUGGCUUUCAAAAACGUUUUAAAGCUCAGCGUCACAGAAAAGUAAAGCGGAAUCAUGCAAUUGUUUUGAAAUAAUUUAACAGUGUAUUUUAACUCAGCUUUUAAAGAAAUUUUUUAAAUUUUCCAAGCUCUCCCCUGUUUAAGUUACUCCAAUUAUGGGAUCUCCCAGACGGGCUCAACGGGACCAGGUAGAUAAUAGGGUAGAUAUUAAAGAUCGCUUGCAAGCGUUGGCAAAAGCAUCAACCAGGACAAAAAAAAGUACCACCUCAACCAGUGAAAGAACUGCUCCAAAAUCACAAAACAAUAGCCAGUCCGGAAGAGACCAUGGAAAAAAUAAUAAAAGUGCAAAUCGCAAAGAUUCAAUGGAGCGUGUGAUGGAACGUGCAAGAACGGAAGGCGGAAAUCGUUGGACAAAAAAGUUAUUGGAUGAAGAAGCCAAAGAUCCUGAUCGUUGGGGCCAUAGUGGUUUCAAAGAAAUGUAUAAAAACGAACUGGGCAUAAGUAGAAAUCGGAGGUCACGCUCGCGUCAAAAAGCAGUCCUUCGUCGUUCGAAAUCCCGUGACCGUGUGCAUAAAAGUGAAUCUGGCCGAAGAACAAGUGAUCGCGAGAGAAGUGAUGGUGGAGGACAUCGUAAAACUGCGCGCCCUCAAGUUAAACGCAGUUUUUCGAGUUCAGACCGUAGCCCAAACUCAGAUGUCAAGAGAAGGUCUGAUUCGAGCAAACGUCCUAUCAACGGAGCUUUACACGAGAGAAAAUCGGUUGCGGAAAAAAGUGUCAAAACGAAUGCCAAUCGAGUCAGUAAACUUGAAAUAAACAAGAAACCUAUAGACCGUAGGCGCGAACCAGAGCCCCGAAGAGACAGGUUUGUUAAAAAAGGCAGUCCCUUGCGAUCCCGCAGCCGAAGUCCUGCACGUUAUUCAGAGAAGGCCACUAUCACACCGAAAAGGCAUACUGUUAAUGCUGGCUCAAAAGCCAAAAUCAGUACGCGACGUGGUCCCGUAUCUCCUCCGGAGCGUGGUCGUUCCCAUUCGGGUUCUCCUGGCCGAUCAUCAGCAUCCCCUAUAAGACGGCGGCAAAUGCGCUUGAGUGAUGAUGGUAGUAGCUGCAGCAGCUCUUCUUUAUCUCAUUCAUCUUUUUCACGAUCGUCAUCGUCUUCAUCAAGCACCAGUGGAUCAUCAACUAGUUCCAGUUCAAAGGAAACCAGCUACAGGAAAGGAAGUGCUUUGAAGCCUAGAUCUCCACCUGGUCCACCUCGCCUGAAAGCUAAAGAACAAUUUAAACCAGGUGAAGAAAGGCAAGCGACCAAGCAGUCUUUUGUUUCGAAGAGUGCAAAACGUCCGAUCGCGGGUAGCAGUAUAGUUGCAUCGCCGUUGAAAAAGCGUCGCACAGCUCGACGAGACACAGACUCGAGCUCGAACGAAUCCAGCUCUGGCACAGAUGACGAGGAUGUGGAAGACGGCGAAGAGGAGGAAGAAGGUGAAGAUGUGACAGAAGGUCCUAACACUGCCACAGAACCUCAAUCGUCAAAUGUUUCAUCUCGUCUUUCACUGUCGGAAAGGUUUGGGAAACUUGCCCAGUUAAGUUCGCAAAGAAGGAAUUUGGAAUUAGUGCAAUUGCGAAUAGUUGCCCCUGUCGGAGGAGCUGCCACGACGGAGAAGAAUGUCAGCAUCGAUGAAAGUAGUGCUGCCCCUGUUAUAUCGAACGCCAAAGCUGCUAGAGAGCAUUCAGUUGAGCCCUUGCCGCAAGCGCAUGUUAGUCAUCACGCCCACCAUCAUCAUCAAAUAAAAAAUAUCCCACCACCAGAAGAACCGAUUCGCAAGGAUGAACGGGCAAGAGAAGACCGGUGGAGGGAUUGGCAUGAAAGAUAUGAUCAAUAUCGCCACGUCCAACCUCCUCGUCAACUACCAAGGGACUGGGACGACAUCCGUGUACGUCAUAAAUAUUAUACAGACCGAGGUUAUUUCGGACAUGAUAUGACUCUAGAAGAGUUGUCACGAUGGGAGGCUUGGUGGCACCGUUAUCAACUAUGGCGGCGUGGCUACGAGCAUGCUUGGGUGAAAACCCACGGGCCACACGUCCCUAUUGAAUAUCCUGACUGGACCAAUUACAGAUCUACGAAUAGCCGAAGAGAAGUUGCCCAACCUGUUUCAACGAGUUCUUCCAUUCGCAGUCGGCUAGGAUGGAGACGAUAGCACUUCGAAAAGUGGGAGAAAAUUCCGGAACGACCUGACUGCGGAAUUUUUUUAAAUCUUGAUAUCAACUUCCCACCUGUAUUUUAAUGGACUACGCAGUGAGUCUAAGUAUGGUACCUUUUGUGCUAUAAAUGACUCCGUGUUAUCAUCUCACCGUCCGUGAAACUUAUAUUAAAUAGACAAACUACGAAUGGAAAAUGCUCCCUCAUCAUGUAUCAUUCAGAGUGUAAUAGACCAGUUUUAGCGUUUUUAAA